GAGGUGGGGAUCGAUAUUUUGGGCACGCUGAAGGCAUUAUUUUGGACAUGACAUGCUUACAAUCUCAUAUGUGUGAUCCUGUUUGCAUUGACAAUCAAUGGCGACAAACGUUGCAUCCACUGAUCUCUUCUGUGCCGCAUCAUGCAUUCAUUUUACUAAUGCACGUAACUUCAUCUGAUUCUGCCUGGUCCACGUGAUUUGUUCCCAUGCUAAAUGGCUGUCGCAUUCGCUCCUAAUCCUGCCGUCGGCUUUGAAGAACGACGUCGUCUCCACCAGCAUCUUGUUUGUGUUGGUAACAGUAGCCCGUUGGUCCCACUCAUUACACCUCACUCGCCCCAUAUCCAUAAAACCGCUCCCAACUUCUCUCUGUCACUCCCCCACUCCUCACUCCCUCCCUCAACUCUCACUCCCCUCGUCUCCCUCGCCAUGCCUCCCCACCUCUUCCUUUUCUUCCUCCUCCUCUCCCGUUCCCUCUCUCUUGCUUCAUCUCUCUCCACUCCUAAUGCUGCCAAGACCUUCAUCUUCCGGGUUCAUUCUGAUUCCAAGCCCUCCAUCUUCCCCACCCACUAUCACUGGUACACCUCCGAGUUCGCUGAGCCCACUCGGAUCCUUCAUGUUUAUGACACCGUUUUCCACGGCUUCUCUGCUUCCCUUACUCCCCAGCAGCUCGAUUCCGUAAGACAGCACCCCGCCGUCCUCGCUGUCUUCGAGGACCGUCGCCGCCGGCUUCACACCACUCGUUCCCCUCAGUUCCUUGGCCUCAGAAACCAGCGUGGUCUCUGGUCAGAAUCCGACUAUGGCUCUGACGUCAUCAUUGGAGUUUUCGACACUGGGAUUUGGCCCGAACGCCGCAGCUUCUCCGAUUCCAAUUUGGGUCCCGUUCCCCGUCGCUGGAAAGGGGUUUGCGAGACGGGGGUGGAGUUUUCCGCAAGCAACUGCAACAAGAAGCUGAUUGGGGCUCGUUUUUUCUCUAAAGGUCACGAGGCGGGGGCCGGCUCCGCGGGUCCCUUGAACCCCAUCAACGAGACUGUUGAGUUCCGAUCUCCUCGAGAUGCGGAUGGCCAUGGGACCCAUACAGCAUCAACUGCAGCGGGUCGGUAUGCUUUUCACGCAAGCAUGUCGGGUUAUGCCUCUGGGAUUGCGAAGGGUGUGGCACCCAAAGCAAGAUUGGCGGUGUACAAGGUCUGCUGGAAGAAUUCAGGUUGCUUCGAUUCUGAUAUACUGGCUGCUUUCGACACCGCCGUAGCUGAUGGUGUCGAUGUCAUUUCUAUAUCAAUUGGCGGUGGCGAUGGUGUGGCCUCGCCGUACUACCUCGACCCCAUUGCGAUUGGUUCCUACGGUGCGGUUUCCAAAGGGGUUUUUGUAUCGUCUUCAGCUGGUAACGAUGGGCCCGGAGGAAUGUCAGUGACAAACUUGGCGCCCUGGUUGGCGACGGUUGGAGCAGGCACUAUCGAUAGGGAUUUCCCUGCGGAAGUGAUUCUCGGUGAUGGCCGGAGAUUAUCCGGCGUCUCUCUUUACUCUGGAGCGCCAUUGAACAAGAAAAUGUAUCAACUUGUUUACCCUGGCAAGUCAGGGGUUCUGGCCGAUACACUGUGCAUGGAAAAUUCAUUUGAUCCCAAGCUUGUCAAGGGGAAGAUUGUGAUAUGUGAUCGCGGAAGCAGUCCGAGAGUUGCUAAAGGAUUGGUGGUGAAGAAAGCUGGCGGCGUGGGAAUGAUCCUAGCUAACGGUCUUUCAAACGGUGAAGGUCUGGUCGGUGAUGCACAUCUUCUUCCCGCCUGUGCUAUUGGCGCGAAUGAAGGAGAUGCCAUCAAGGCAUAUGUCUCAUCUUCUGCAAAUCCCACGGCCACCAUUGACUUCAAAGGCACGACGCUUGGAAUUAAACCCGCACCUGUUCUGGCUUCUUUUUCAGCCAGAGGACCAAAUGGUUUGAACCCGGAGAUACUGAAACCGGAUUUGAUCGCCCCAGGGGUGAACAUUCUCGCUGCUUGGACCGAUGCAGUUGGCCCCACCGGGUUAGAUUCCGAUUCGCGAAGAACUGAAUUCAACAUCUUAUCAGGUACUUCAAUGGCUUGUCCUCACGUAAGCGGUGCGGCGGCGUUGUUAAAAUCGGCACACCCAGAGAGCCCAGCUGCUAUAACAGCCAGACUCGAUAACAGAAACCAGAUCAUAGACGAAGCUACGGGGAAAGCUUCGACACCAUAUGAUUUUGGUGCCGGACAUCUCAAUCUGGGUCAUGCUAUGGAUCCUGGUUUGGUGUACGAUAUCACGGACAAAGAUUACGUGAACUUUCUGUGCGCUAUCGGUUACGGGCCGAAGCUCAUUCAGGUGAUGACUCGAUCACCGGCGAACUGUCCGGCGAGGAAGCCAUCGCCGGAGAAUCUGAACUACCCAUCUUUUGUGGCUCUGUUCCCGAGCUCAUCCGAAGGGGUAUCGAGUAAGACGUUCAUCCGGACGGUGACGAAUGUGGGUCCGGCAAACUCGACUUACCGGGCGAGAGUGGAGUCACAGCCGCAGGGGGUGAGUGUGAGUGUGAGGCCGUCGAAGCUGACAUUUUCGGGGUCGGUGAAGAAGCGGAGCUUUGUGGUGACGGUGACAGCAGACGGUCGGAAUCUGAAGCUGGGUCAGGUCGGGGCAGUGUUUGGGUCGAUCUCAUGGACGGAUGGGAUGCAUGUGGUUCGGAGCCCGAUCGUGGUUACUCAAAUGGAGCCUCUGUAACUAUAAAGCGCUGCCACCAUCACGAGUUGCCGCGCAAAGUAGACGACGGACGUCUUUACAUAUCCGUCUUUUCCAUAUUUCAAGCAAAUUUAUUUUUUACUCUUUUUUUUUUUUUUGGCUGAAAGUGUGAUUCUGUAUGUUCACUAUAGUCUGCCACAGCUUGAUGAUGCAUUUAUAGACUCUAAGGUGUCUAUUUAUGCACAACAUAACAAGUUAUUUAACUUAUGAGUGGGUUUGUAAAAUUGAGAAUGUUGGGUAUGGGAUGAGAUUUUGUCUGGAUGGAGGGGAUGGGGAGAGUAAUGCAUAGAUCGGUUAGGUUGGAAGCGUAACCAAGCAUUGGAAUAUUUGUGCGGGGGCUACGAUUAUUGUUCGUUGAAACUAGAGGACAUUGUUGGUGAAAACUAAUAAAUGCACUU